AAUCUCUCCGUCUUGGAGAUCCUAAAAGAGUAAGAAGUCUGCUCCAAGGCCAAAUUAGGAAAUAGAAUUCACAAUGGAAAUAAUCUCUCUACACCCACCCAUGCAUAUAUUUAUCUCACGUUUCUGCAUUUUGGUUGCUUUUUACUGAAUACUUAUUCAAUGGAAACCACCGUGGCAGACUCCAAUGCGACGCCGGAGCAAUCUCGGAGAAGAGCCGGCACGGGAAGAAGAAGAGUUGAAAUCAAGAAAAUACAAGACAAAUGCAGCUUAUUAGUAACUUUUUCCAAGCGUCGCACAGGUCUUUUCAAGAAACUCGGCGAAGUUUGCAAUUUAUGUGGUGGAGAAGCUGCCGUCAUCACGUUCUCUCCGGCGGGGAAACCCUACGCUUUUGGUGCACCUUCAGCGGACUCAGUCGCUCUUCGCUAUCUAACCGAAAGCAUAAGCGCUGCCUCUAGUAGUGGAUUAGAUCUUCCAGAAGCGGCGGCGGUAGAGGAGGCGGAGGAAAAGUUCUGGUGGGAGCAGCCGAUAGAGGAAUUGGAUAUGGAGGAGCUUAGAGAGUACAAGGCAGGCUUGGUUGGGUUGAAGAGUAAUUUAGUUAUGAGAAUUGAGGAUUUGAAGAUGCGCAAAACUGUGACCAGGAAUCUUUUCCACUGA